AAAAGGGCAAAUCCCAUUUCCACUAUAUCAUGCCAUACCGUCACCAUUACCAACCACUUCUAUGAAAAACACUCUUUGUACUUUGAAAUUGGGAGGAGAAGAUGGCGCAAAUAUCAUCCUCCGAUCUUGAUUCCGUCGACGAUUUCUACUUCGCAGCACUCUUCGAUCAAGACCCAGAUCAAAUUCCCCCCGUUCACGACGACAUGUACGCCGAGGAGCUGCAAUUGCAAGAGGCUUUAAUGUCAGCCGCUAAAGUGAAAAACCCAGGUCCCGUUUCCGUUUCCAUUUCCUACUCAUCGAUUCCCCAGCCGCAGGUGGAGAAUUUCACCCUAGAAGCAGGGGAAUCCUCUCAAAUAAUCUCUGCCGCCCAAGUCAAACAACCAGGUUCCGAUUUCAUUUCCAUUCCCUUCUCAUCGUGGCCCCAGCCGCAGCUGGAGGAUUUCGCCCUAGAAGCCGGGGAAUCUUCUCAAACUUUCUGCGGGAUUUGCGUGGAACGGAAAGAAGCCGAUGAAAUGUUCGCCACUGGGUGUUGCGUCCACUCGUUCUGUACGGGAUGCAUCAGCAAGCAUGUGAAGACGAGGGUGGAAGAGAGCGUAACCGUCGUCACGUGUCCUGGGGAGAGUUGCAGAGCCGUACUGGAUCUUGACGCUUGCCGGCCUGUACUCCCAAAGGAGGUUCUCGAUCUCUGGGAUGAUGCUUUGUGCCAGAAGCUUAUUGGGGAAGCGGAGCGGCUUUACUGUCCGUUCAAGGAUUGCUCCGCUGUGCUGUUGAAUGAUAACGGCGAAGAAGUUAUCAGGGAAUCGGAGUGCCCAUUCUGCCAUAGGUUGUUCUGCGCGCAGUGCAAUGCUCCGUGGCAUUCGGGUAUUGAUUGUGAGGAGUUCCAAAAACUGAAUGAGGAUGAGAGAGGCAGAGAGGAUUUGAUGGUGAGGGAACUUGCUAAGGAGGAGAAAUGGGGGAGAUGUCCUCACUGCAAAUACUAUGUGGAAAGAACAGAGGGCUGCCCCCAUAUAACUUGCAGAUGUGGGUAUCAGUUUUGUUAUGGAUGUGGCACAGAGUGGACUGGAAACCAUGGUGGCUGCCAGAGAGAGUAGGAGAUUCAACAAAGCAUUAUAAGAGGGUAACGUGUGCAGUUAACAGUACAUAUUUUACUUCAUUUAGUAUGGAGAUGUUUUCAGUGGUCUUUGAAGGGAAUUACAUGCACCAAAAAACAAUUAAACAUACAGAUUUCCUGGCUAGUAAACUGUCAAGAAGAAGAUGUGCUAUGAUCUAUGGUUCAACUUUGAAGUUUGAAUUUGGGUUGGUUUGUUAACAUUCUGAAAGUAUGUCAAAUAUGUCUCUACUUUCUCCUUGAUCAUACUUUUUUAUUUUCACAAGUAUGGAGUAUUGAACUGUACAGACUUUACUCUGUUUCUCUAUUUGGUACAAAGCCAACCUAAGCAGUGAGAACUUAUGACCCUUUAAUUUGGAUAUAGGAACCAAACCCUUGUUACAAUACCUAACCUAACAGAAUUCAACCCAUGGUGUGUCUUUAAGAUAAACAGUGCAAUGACUUAAACCAAAGUUUAGAACAUAAGUGAGAAAAUGAAUGCUGAGUUCCCAUGUUUAUCUGCUUGGAAAUAUAUAAAUAAAGAGCAUUGUAUUUA